UUCCGUUCGUGACUACCGUGCAGGCUAUGCCCAGUCCCUUCGAAUGCUUCAGACGGCUAAGGAAUAUGAUCAACAAGUGUGCAGUUCCAAACAGGGUGCCUCGUCGACGCUGAUUACCAAAUCUAGCUUGAUGCUGGGGUUGGGGGAGACAGACGAGGAGGUGAUGACAGCUCUGAAAGACCUCCGUCUCGCUGGAGUGGACUGCGUCACUUUGGGCCAGUACAUCCAACCGACUCGUCGCCAUCUUAAGGUGAAGGAAUACGUGCACCCAGACAAAUUCAAAUACUGGAUCGGUGUGGGAAACCAAUUGGGAUUUUUGUACACCGCCAGUGGUCCACUGGUUCGUUCUUCUUAUCGUGCUGGAGAAUUCUACAUAAAAAACAUUUUGAAACAAAAGCGAGAAACCAGUUACUUAUGAGCCUUCUAUUUUACCUGCCGACGUCGUCACGACUUGUCGUCAAAAUCUAGUCGCACAGAGUUAAUUCUUCGUAUGCGCCAAUCGGUUAGUGAUAAUUUGUCUUAUUUUUUUCAACUUCCUUGAAUAAAUGUCGAUCGCUUCA